CUCCCCAACCCCAUCGCUGGUCCGGUGUUGUUUCGCAGCGGUUUUUUUUUUAAUAGUUCCCAAUUUCAUAUUAAUAUCGACUAGUCAAAUACGCAACAUUUCAAGCUGUAUAUCCUUAAAACAGUGCGAAAUGAAUCUAUCUAGCAAUGUAGGCUUCCUGUUUCGAAACGCUUAUAAAAGUUGGCAAAACCUAUCAGUAAUUCGUAACAUUCACUUAUCACGCUAUAGGCUACAUGGCGAAUACGAGUGGCAGGAUCCCAAAAGUGAAGAUGAAGUCGUAAACAUUACCUAUAUUGACAAAGAUGGCAAACGAUUUCCGGUACGAGGGAAAAUCGGCGACAACGUGUUGUAUUUGGCGCACCGAUACGGUGUGGAGAUGGAGGGAGCCUGUGAGGCAUCGCUUGCGUGCACAACCUGCCACGUGUAUGUGAUAGGAGACCACCUGGAUCGAUUACCGGCCUCCGAAGAGAAAGAGGACGACCUACUGGAUAUGGCACCGUUUUUGAAGGAAAAUUCACGCCUAGGGUGCCAGAUCAAACUAACUAAAGAAUUGGAAGGGCUGGAGCUACAGCUACCCCUAGCUACGCGGAACUUCUACGUAGACGGCCAUAAGCCGAAACCACACUAGCAAUGUGGUGCACAGCACAUGUUUGAAAUUGUGUUUAGAACUGUUACAUUUGUACCCACUUAGAUGAUAAAUAAAAUAGGGAAAUCGUAGUUUAA